CCGACUCUUAAAUGGAGUCGUCUAGAUUCCCGUGCAGGCGUCGUGCACGGACCCCCUGUCCCUUUUCCACCUUCGAUCCUUCGAUUCUUCAGCUCCGUCGUUCAUCUCUCCCUGUUCACAUUGCAACGAAGUUCUACACCCUAAAUCGCAUGAGCCCAUGUUGGUCAGCUCCUUCGUCCCAGGUUGACUACUCUUCCAACGAAUUCUCCCAUCCUAUCCCAGUUCGGACUCAAAAUCUCUAAAAACGCCCACCUCUUGAAACCCCUGCCCGAUCGGGGGUAUCUUCACGUGGCCCGUGCUGCAGAUCACGUGUGCCCCCGUUCCGUUGGUUCGGCUCUCAAGAGGCUGCAAGUUGGAAAGUUGGAGAUUACCCUGUCCAAAGAUUCAGGAAGACAUCCCAGACAUUCGCCCCAUUGACAUUCUCUCCCGCAACAAACCACGAUAUUUGGCAUACCCUUUCUCAGCGAUUUGAACCCUCCACUUCAUUCCCCCUCCCCCUCUCCCUCGCAACUGAUCACGCCUCUUCAGUCUCCAGGUCAUCUCAGAGCAUGACCUGGUAAUGGCGUCUCGAUUUCCCCCUUCGUCCGGGUUUAACUCCCGCGACCGCUCCCCUCAACGGCUCGGGGAUCGUCGCCAACCCGGUGGCCCCCGUGGCCUUGACGACGGGAGUCCUUCGUUCGGUAGAGAACCUCCGCGCGGCCCCCGUGCACUCGUCGACUCCCCAGGUCGAGGCGGCUCCUUUGGGGCCAGUGAUCGCUUUGGUGGAGGUGGAGGUGGUGGCCGAGGACGAGGUUAUGGCCGUGGCGGCGACUUUCGCGACAGAGAUCGAGAUCGAGACCGCGACCUUCGAGAUCCCAGAGAUCGAGACCGCGACUUUCGCGACACGCGAGAUGGACCGCCGUUCCGGCGCGAUGUUGAUCGCGACUAUGGUGGUCGCCGAGACCGUGAGUUCGAUCCUCGACCCGAUCGCAUCGGUUUCGGUCGAGGUCGCUCCCGUUCGCCGACACGCGACUUUCGUGAUUUGAGAGAUCCUUCCGGCCGCGAUUUCGAUCUAGUGCGCAUGCGACGGAACUCGCGGGAUAGCAUCCUGUCUGCGUCGUCCGGAGGUCCGGAUGGGCCGCCUUCGAGUGGUGGUCAUCCCCAUGGUGGUGGCUCGAUGCGUGGUCGUGGCCGUGGUGACUGGGAAGGAGGCCGAGGUCGUGGUCGUGAUCCAUUCCGCCGUCGGAGUCGGUCUCGCGACGGUCGUCUUGGCUGGCCGGGUCGUGGACGGCCCUCCAUCUUGGAUCGUGACCGCGAAAGAGAUCUCAUCGAUCGUGACCGCCCAGUUGAUCGGGAGCGUGAGCGUGAGCGUGUGCUCGACCGAGAGCGCGAUCGUGAUACUGUGCGGGAGCGAGAACGUGACCGUGACAUGGACCGGCGCGAUCGAUUUGAGCGAAGAGACGAGUGGGAAGUUCGGCGUCCAGAUCGUGAGGAUCGUGACCGGCCGCUGGAGCCUUGGAAACGUGAUCGUCCUCCCAGCCGAACGGACAAUCGUGGCUCCAUCGCCUCGACCGUUGCCUCUACGUCCACCCCCACCGCAGUGACAGGUCCGACGGUACCAGAUCGGUUGCCUGAGCAUGAACCCACUGAACCAGUGCCCCGAAAAGCAUCGAUCAUUCCUGGCCCCCCGACGACGGAACUUCGACGUGAUAGUGAUCGACCAGAGCCAGCUCCAGUUCGAUUUGAACCUCCCAAGGAUGCAGGGCUUCUUGGCCAACAGUCUCCUCCCCCCUCUGCUCCCCAAGUCCCCGCCUUUGGCUCGGUGUCUGCGCCCAUUCCAGCCGUACCCCCUGCCAAACCACCAUCGGUCGAAGAUCGGACGAAGCCUGAGCCACCACCCCCAGUAGAAAAGGACCGACAACCGUUCCAACCACCCACUGGCCCAAGGGCCGAAAGAAGCCAGUCAUUGCAACCUGUCGAAUCUCGUGUGCACUCAUUCGAUGGCAAUCAUCGCCAGGAAGAAGCGGCUCGGGCUGCCAGAGCCUCUACUCACCUAUCCGACCGAUCACCGCCAACUGCCCCUGCUGCAAUGGCAAAACGAGACUCGAUUUCGGCAAACGUUGAACUCUACGCACCUGGAAAACCUAAUGUAGUGACAACCUCUCCAACCUUUACUCGACUUCCUCCGCCUGCUCCUCGAGCGCUGUCCCGAGACCCUUCCAUCUCUCCUCGGAUGCAACCCUCGAGUAUCCCAACCGGACCGCGCGCGUACCAGCGGCGGCCGAGCUCAUCACCGCGUGGUGGUGGUAACAAAGGGAUCAAAGCAUGGGGUCGUUCUAGUUUUGGUCGCACCCCAUCUGUCCCGAGCGCACCCAAGAAAGAGUCUGAUGAGCAUGAGGGGAAGUUCUCGGCAGACGAUAAAUUGCAUCAGCACGUGUUGCUUGAAGCAUCACCUGCAGCGGAGGAGCCGAAGAUCAUCAAAGAUGCUUCACCGGAGGCAGUGAAGACAACUCCCCCGCGCCGCGCCUCUAUGGAGCUUCCCAUCAGAACUAGUCCACAGCCCGUCUCAUUCGCGGAGGCUAGCCCAGUGAGAGAAAAAGAAGAGGUAGUCCAAGAAGACACCACAGGGAUUCAAAAUGGCGUACGAGCCAGUGAUGACCGUGAAGCAGAUGAAGAGACAGCGGAGGGCCCGGACGCAGAGAUGGAGGUUGAUGAAGAAGAGGAGGAAGAGAAAGUCGUUUUCACGAAAGAGUACCUGGAAGAGCGAAAGCAGACUUUUGAAAAGGAAAUGCAAUCUCUGCGGUCUGAAAUGCCUCUUUCGCCAUUGGAGGAUCCAAACAUCGUGUCUCUUUUGCUGAGGAUUCAGAUGCUUGGGAAAAUUGCCCAGGAGGAGCCAGUCGAGCAGCCCACCGCGCCGAUUCCGUCUGUGGAAGAGGCCGAAGAGCCGUCGACUGUCCCAACCGAGGAGAAAGUGGUUUCGUUUGCCCCGACGGUUCUUGAUCGCGAUUCAGAAUCCGUUCCCCUCACGGUUGUUCCUCCAAUUGCCACUCGCGAGCAAAUCACCGUCGAAAGCCUGCCAUUCUUGCAUUCGGGGCCUCCCACUCCCAUUUCUGAUCUGGAGGUCUGCCAUGAGAACAAUUCCACCCAAGAACGUCUCAAGGAUAUGAUCCAGAGCGAGCUUAUUCGGCGGCAGAAGGAGGUUGCCAAGAAGAACGCCAUUCUUCGAGAGGAGUACAUGUCUUAUUACAAGCGUUGGCGUUUGGACGUUUGGGAACUGGAUCGACUGAAGGAAAAGAAGCCCAUGACGCCGGGUCCUGCUUCCCCUCCGGCACCGCCCAUUCCCACUCCUCCCGUGGCCGUUCCCGAAGGCCGAGAAGGUCGACGGUACAAAGGAAACAGCGAACUUGAUUUCUUGAACGCAUUGAAGGCAUCCGAAAUCUCGGCUCAGGAGGAGCUGGAACGCCGACGAACGAAAAUGGCGACGGCUCGACCUGACUUGGCCCGCGAAGCGGUGAUUCCAGAUAUGCUGGAACCCCGACAGGUGAAAGCAGGCAUUUACAAGGAUGUCAAUAACACCAUUGAAGCAAGCCACGCGAUGGAAGUAUUUGGUUUCCUGCCACCACCCAACGAUUUCACACCCGAGGAGCACCAAUUGUUCACAGAUGCGUUCAUGGCGUAUCCGAAGAAAUGGGGCAAAAUUGCAGAGUCUCUGCCUGGUCGUGAUUUCAAGCAGUGCAUCAUUCACUACUAUCUUACCAAGGAAGAGAUCAAAUACAAGGCCAAGCUGAACAAACGCUGGAGUCGACGAGGCAGAGGAAAAGCGCGGUCUUCUCGACCCAAGUCUAAUGCUCUGAUUGCCGAUUUGGGAGUCGUUAAGCCUGACUUUGACGGCGAAGACGAGCAGCCUCCUCCUGUCACCGACACUGGACGCCCACGGCGUGCGGCAGCUCCCACUUUUGGUGAUUCCAACGAAACCGAAGGCUCAACCCCCAGUGGUCGCCGUGGCCAGUCCGCCAAAGAUGGCGAGCUUUCCGAGAAGCCCAUUGCUCGGCGUGGCGGACGAACUGCUGGUGCCCGGACUCAACGACGUGGUGCCAAAAGUGCCCAACCAGAUUCAAAAGCCCAGACUCCCGUACCUCCAAGCAAUCCUCCUCUUGCGGCGGCCCCCAAGGUGGAACUGGGCAUGGACGGAAUGAUAGAGGCCGCCCCUGUGCCACAGGAAAAGGAAGUCGUGGAGAAAGAGGCUCCACCACCUGUCUCGCGCCCCCGAGCCGGUCGUGGAAGGGCAAAGGAGGGAGUGUAUAUCUUCGAAUCCACAGAAACCGACCCAGCCCUGGUGACGCCCAAGGCUUCAGAGAGCGGUUAUGGGUCUCUUCAACCGACCAGUUAUUGGUCCGUGCCCGAGCAGCGUGAUUUCCCUCGCUUGUUAGCACACUUUGGUCGUGACUUCGAGGGCAUCUCGAAUUUCAUGAAGACCAAAACCACGGUGAUGGUGAAAAACUACUUCCAGCGACGUCUUGACUCCGGACAGAAAGAUUUCGAAGAGACUGUGGUGAUGGCAGAGGAAAAGAAAGCUCGUGGCGAACCAACAGGGCCUCUUCCAGUCCCCAGUGUCGCUCCAAAGCGCCGUUACGAAGCAACCCCAUCGGCCAUUGUUCCACGUCCGCUUGCUCCUCAUGGCGAGCUGAUGCCUGAGACGGAAGAUGGUCGAUUCCCCUCAAAAGGCAAGCCUAUUGCCAUGUCACCUCAACCUAUGCCAUUGCACGGUCGACCCAUGUCCGAGAAUGAACGAACUCCCAGUCGUUAUGCACCACUCGCGCAAGCUUCCACUAGUGCAACAGCCCCAUCUGUUGCUGCUACUCUCGGUGAGGAUCCCUCGCGGGCAAUGCGUACACAGGCUCCGCCUUCUCGCAUGCCAGGUCCUCGCCUCGGAUUCUUCACUGAUGAACGUCGUGAUUCGACGAUUAUGCCAGCCACUGGCCAGCGUGCUCAAGAAAUGCAGAUGCCCUCUCGUCAUUCUGCGGGGGCGAGUAUGCCCCAAGAUCUGGGCCGAAUGGAUCCCUUAUCCUCGCCGGCUUACAUGCCCGGGCAACCACCAUCGUCUCUUCUACCUCCUUCUCAUUCCCGCCAUACAAGCCUCACUCAGGCCCCGGGUUCGCCAUCGCAACUCUCACGGCCGGAGCUUGACAUAGCCUCGGUUCAUCGCGAUCCUUUCGCGCAAAGGGCUUAUUAUUCGCUACCGGGACAAUCUGGAAUUUCCCACUCCCCUCGUCCAGGUCUUUCACCCGUCAAAGAUGCUCCGCGUCCUAGCGCGACACCGGUCCCCGAGUCAACUCCUCGACAGGUGCCUGCGAAGCGUUCAAACAUUAUGAGCAUUCUCAAUGAUGAGCCCGAAGAACCUCAGCCACGAAAGCGGUUUGCCAGUGAGGUCCCCUCUGGCCCUGGCCCUAUGUCUGCGUCAAGAUCUGUCUAUCAACCUGGCGAGUCAGCUCGUCUUGAGGAUACAGGUAUGCCGGGCUCUGGGCAGAAGUCUUCGGGCUAUGGUCAGCCAAGUCCGUACCAAACGCCGGGCCGUGGAUAUCCAGAUUAUGGCAAUUAUGGGCCCCCUCAGGGUGGCUCGGCAGGUUCGGCCAACAAUGAUUGGAUGGCGCGAUUCGACCCCAGGGCGCAACAAGGAGGUCCACCAGCACAAGUUCAGCCUCCGCCUCCACCUCAAUCAUCGCAGAAUGGUCGCUCAGUUUCGUCACUGGCUGCUCAAGGCUCCUACGGACACUAUGCAUCCACGCAACCCCAACAUGGUGGGCCGCUGAAUGCCAUGCCCGUGCCAUCUCCUGCACCUACUCCGCCGCCGGCUGGUUCUCAGCGAUCUGCCUAUCCCAGCGUCUUCUCGCAGCCUGGCGCCCGUGAGAUGGUCUCGCAAACCUCAGGCUACCGCCCUUCGUCGCCUCCUCCACGAGCCAGCACCGUUGCAUACGGCUCCCGUCCGGAGCCACCGACGCCCGCUCAGUCAUCGAACAAUCUCUUUGGUAUGGCGCCUCGUCAACCCGGUUCGCAGCCUUCGUACUCCUCUGCUGCUCCGUCUAGCGCGGCAACGACCCAGCAACACGGUCAAAGCUAUCAUCAGCACGUCCAGACCCUGGUCAAUGGUGCCCACCAGCCGCAUCGCUCAACUCCUGUCGGGUUGGCCGGUGGCACUCCACAAUAUGGACACAACACUCCUCCACCGCAGGCCCAAGGCCGAUCGAUGCCAUCGCUGGCUAACCUCGGGCGGUCUUACACUCCUCCUUUAGCCAUGCACCCUGGUGGUAUGGGCUACGCACAGCCACCACCCUCGGCUUCCGGGGGGAUGCCACCUUUACAUCAGCGACCGCCGGGUCCGGGUGAGCCCCCCAGUCACACGCCCGGUCAUCACCGGGUCUACAGCCAAGGUUCGGUUCAAGGGGGGCUACCGGGUUCAUUGCAUCCGCCGUCGCAGCCGCCUCGCUAAAUCCCUAAUGCUGGAUGAGCUGGUCUCUGAUGGCUAUGAACAGUAAAAUGGUUUCCGCAUGGACAGGAUCAGCUGUACAUAUGGACGGGGUACAGUCCUCUCUCAGC